GCGUGUUUUUACAGCGCGUGCUUAGCUCUGCUGGAGUUGAGCGCUCUCGCGUCUCUAUAACGGAGGAGAGAUCGGAUCACAGUACUGCAGAUCGGACACAGUGGCUAUAAUGCUCAGCAAAGAAUUGCCGGAUAUCGAGAGUAUCCUUUCCUUGAACCCAAGGGUGAAGACCCACGCAAAUCUCCAUUCCACUGCCUCUAAGAAGAAUGAGAGGAAGCGCUGGAAAAGAAACCCAGAGAGGAGCUGCGAUUCUUGUGUGAAUUUGGAGAACAACUUCGAUGACAUCAAGCACACGAUUUUAAGCGAGCGUGGGGCACUUCGGGAAGCGCUGAGAACUACUAUGGUGCUGCCGAGGCAAUCCUGCCCGAUAGCCCUCUGGGUUUGACCUGUGGCAUGGUGUGUCCCACCUCUGAUCUGUGUGUGGGGGGAUAUAACCUCUAUGCUUCUGAGGAAGGCCUCAUCAAUAUUGGUGGGCUGCAGCAGUUUCCUACUGAGGUAAGGUGCUCUUUAAUGCAAUGGCUAACAAUUGGAGAUUUUUUGCAUUUAAGUCAAAGGUCUGGUGUGGUUAUGUUUCAAAUAAACUUGAAGCUGAAAAGUAAUGUACUUUAAGUAAUUUGUACUUUAAUGUAAUGACCACCAUCAGUGGUCUAUGGUGCGUCUGCUCUCUUGUACUCUGUGCUGUC